AUGGAAACAGAAGCCGCCGUUAGUACUGGCCGAAGACGGAGACGACGUAUGAUUUACCUAGGAGUGGGCUUGUUGCGGCGAAAGUGCAGGUAUAUAUUGCAGGUGAUAGCCUCCAUACAGAUUCAGUGUAAAAUCCCGCAGACUAGCAUGAGCAUCCCGCAGAGAAUCAUUUUGCUGGCGCUGCUGGCUACAGCAGUCAUAGCCGGACAGACUGAGAAGAAGGUUGAAAUUAAUGACUCGAAACCAAAAAGAGGUUUGGAACAUGGUCUGGGAGAUUUGGGUGGUCAUGGUGGUCUAGGAGGUCUUGGUGGUGAUCUCGAAGGUUUAAGUCUUGGAGGAGGUCUUGGAGGAGGUCUUGCUGCAGUUGCAGGAGGUGCAGGAGGUGAUAGAGGACGAAUUUCUGGCAUCACGAUCCACCGAGAAGUUGCAGUUCCAGUUCCAGCGCCUUAUGUUGUCGAAAGACGCGUGCCUGUGCCCGUUGAAGUGCCUGUCAAGGUUCCCGUUGAUAACCCGAUCCCUUACCAUGUACCAGCACCAUAUCCAGUGCCCGUAGAAAAAAAAGUUUACGUCGCUGUAGAAAAGAAUGUUGGAGUACCAUACAGUGUUCCUGUCAAAGUGCCCUACAAAGUUGCUGUCCCAGUUGAGAGGGAAAUUCCUGUACCUGUUUUCGUAAAAGGUCAUGCUGGUCAUGGCAGCUCUUGGGCUGGUUUGGGAGGUUAUGGAGGAGGAUUUGAACUUUCUGGUCUUCACCACUGACGAGAGAAAAAAUCAGCGAAAUUAAUCACUCAUCAACUUUAUCUGUCUGUAAAUAAAUACAUUUGUACCAUAUCACUGGUGAAUGUAAAGAAUAAGCUUUACGUAAGCUGUGCGUCAAUCGUCAGACUGUUUUAGUACAAUGCUGUAAGUAAAUUAUUAAUUUUUUUGACAAGAAUUAAAUAAAGUCAGAAUCCUUGUCUA